GCAGAGUUAUUUCAUCGAUUUGAAGAGAUCCAUCAUCAGCAUUCAGAAGGACGUGGCAUUUCUGAAGAAGUGUCAAAAGGAGAAACUAACACCCGUUAGUCAUAGGAUUAAGGUCAAUAAGCACAUCCCACCUAGCGUCACCAGGAAGGCCGAAGCAGAGUACAUCGCAGACACCAUCAAACGCUACUACGCCAAGUUGGACAAGCUGACACUUAAGUGCUAUUCCCUGCAUUUAAAGUUGGCCAACGAAUAUCCGGAAGGCUUCCCAUUGUUCCUCACCAAGGUAAAGCGAGCAGAGGAAUGUGAAGCAGACAGGAAGAGACGACUACACAAAAAGAAGCUGACGAAUCUACGAAACGAGACCAGAGCGACGAAGGACACCCACACUACUGUUCCGAUGGUUCAAUCCAUUGAAGGAUUCGUAGUAAACCGAUAGACGCAACAGUUCACAGAGGAACAAUUGACACACCUCAAUAAGGGGUUAGGAUAUGCGAUUACUUCGAAGCCAGACGUGGAACAGAUCAUCGUGGACAUGGAAACAGCGAUCACACAGAACGUUAACAUCAAAGAUCAAAAUACAGCCAGGAACAUCGUAGCAGACGCCAUCAAAACAGGACAGCGCAGUAAGGUAAAUUCAGACGAGACAAGGAUUGUAACGGAACUUAAAAAGAAACCAGUAUACCACAUGAAGGCAGACAAAGGUAACGCGGUUGUUAUUAUGGACAAGAAGGACUACGACGAGCAGAUGGAGAAGAAGAUAAACGAAGGACCAUACAGACAUCUACGAGUAGACCCACUACCCGGACUAAUUAAGCUGACAGACAAGACCCUGAAAGACUGUAAACCCAUCACCGGAGAAGCUCAUUUGAAGGAAGCAAAUCCCAUUCUUCCGCGGAUCAAAGGUCUUCCUAAAAUUCACAAACCCGGUCAAGAGAUGCGAGAGAUUAUUUCAGCUGAAGGAUCCCCUACCCACAAAUUGGCUAAAUGGUUAGUCAAAGAGUUCCAAAGUAUGCCAAAACCCUUCCCCACCAGUUCGGUCAAAAACACUCAGGAGUUCACCCAAAAGUUGUUGGAAUCAGGAACCAUCGAGGAAGACGAGAUUAUGGUUUCUUUCGACGUCGCAGCACUAUUCCCAAGUGUCCCUGUAAAGGAUUCUCUUAACCUUCUCGAGGAUUGGUUACUACCCCAAAAGUCUGACGCAGAUUGGAAAGGAAAAGUUAGGACUUAUUUACGUUUAGCUAGACUGUGCUUGGAUGAGAAUUACUUCCAAUUCCGUGGACAGUUCUACAAGCAGACCAAAGGUGCCCCCAUGGGAAAUCCCCUAUCCCCAUUUCUAUGCGAGCUUUUCAUGGCAAAUUUAGAAACCAAGCUAAAGGAGCAAGGUUUACUUCCGGAGAAAUGGUGGAGGUACGUCGACGAUAUUUUCAGUGUGAUCAAACGGGAAGCUUUAUCUAAGGUUCUAGAGGUCAUCAACAAUGUGCAUAAGGAUAUCAGGUUCACUCAUGAGGAAGAAAAGGAGGGAAAACUGCCAUUUUUGGAUCUAUUAGUUAAGAGGGAAGACAGUUCAUCGUUCGAAUUCGAGAUUUACAGAAAACCUACCAAUACCAUGCGUGUCAUCCCCUAUUCGUCGAAUCACUCCUUCCAACAUAAGAUGGCAGCUUUUCACCACAUGGUUCACCGAAUGCAGACUCUACCUCUAAGCGAUGACGGGAAAAAUAAGGAACUCACUCAUAUAUUCGAAACAGCGAAAAUCAACGGAUACAAGGAGAGGACAAUUCAGGCCAUCAUCGACAAAAAGGAGAGGUUGCGAUAUCGAGGUUCCCUAACAACUCUUACCCCUAUUUCAGAAUCUUUGAAGCGAGUAUCAGUCCCCUUCGAUCAACACAUCACUAAUAGUUUACGUUCUAGGCUCAGAAAUUUCGGGAUCGAUCUAGUAUUUUCUAGCAGAAGCAAUCAGUUGAAGACUUCGUUAGGCUCUACAAAGGAUCCGGUUAACACCCUUAACAAGGCUGGCGUUUACAAAAUCAGUUGCUCCCAUUGUGAUAAGGUCUACGUUGGUCAAACAAAACGGUCUUUGGAGGUUAGAUUCAGGGAACAUAUGGCGGAGGUAGGAAAGGCGCAGAGGACAGUGAGUAGAGGUUUGGAAUACGAUUUCAGGUCGAAAGUUGCUGAACAUGUCUUUGAGGAGGGUCACCCUGUAACUUCAGAGGAUAUUCAGAUUUUGCGAAAUGUAACUUUACCUUGGAAAUUGGACGUUGCUGAGAGUCUAGAGAUAUACAAACAGGUACCUAACACGCUGUUGAAUAAGGAUCAAGGCAAUGGAAGUUCGUGGCUUUUCAAAUUAUUACCCCCUAAGCACUCUCGUAUGGCAUGCGUCUCAUAAUGUACCUGUGAUAUAUGAACU